UGUCUCACAGACAGCCUGUCACUCAAGCAGCCCUGAUCUUAUAUCUGUGUUACUCUGGGCCUUAACAAAAUGUCAAAAGGUCGUGGAGAAAAGAUGAAUGCCAUCCAGGUGAUUUCCCUCACUCUGCUGUCCGUUCUGGCGGCCAACGCUCAGGUCAUCAUGCCAGGAAGAUGCCCCAAGCCUGCUGUUCAGGAGAACUUUGACGCAGCCAGGUAUCUUGGUAAGUGGUACGAUAUCCAGAGACUGCCUCACACCUUCCAGAAGGGCGAGUGCUGCACUGCCAACUACAGCCUUAAGAGCCCUGGAGUUGUGGGUGUCCUCAACAAGGAGCUGCUUGCUGAUGGGACCAUUAACUCCAUCAGUGGCUCUGCCAUGGCUAAAGACCCAUCUGAGCCUGCCAAGCUGUCGGUCUCCUUCUUUGCAUUCUCCCCCCCUGCUCCUUACUGGGUGCUGUCCACCGACUACGACAAUUACUCUCUGGUCUACAGCUGCACCGACCUUGGUGUGGUGCACGUAGAGUUUGCCUGGAUCAUGAGCAGACAGCCCACCCUGCCUGAGGAGACUAUGGAGGAGCUGCACAGCACCCUGUCCUCCAUCGGAGUCAGAGUGGACAAGCUGGUCACCACCAACCAGGACGCAGAUUACUGCAGUGCCAUGAACUAGUAAACAGACUGAGAGGGACCUGAUGAAUCUACAGGCCUACAGACUGAUGUGUGGUGCUUGUGACUGUACUUGCAAUAAACUUAUUUAAACUGC